CAUGAUGAUAGCACAAACGAAAGAAUCACAAAUUGCCAAAUUAAUAACGUAUACAUUGGGAGUAGAGUGUAAACUUCUGGUUGUUCUAGCGGCAAUAAUCGUAAUAAUGUUACCAAAAGUACCAAAGAUUGUUACGAAACCUAACAAUGUUUGUAGUAUAAUAUGUAUCACAUCGGGUACGUUAUCAAUCGUUGUAGCGAGCGAUGGUACGUUUUUUGUCAAUAAUUUACCAUCGGGAUCCUAUGUUGUUGAAGUUAUUCACCCUGACUACGCUUUCGAACCAGUACGGGUUGAUAUUAAUGCGAAAGGAAAACAUAGAGCUAGAAGAUUGAAUAAUGUCAAGUUGAAUGAUAUAUCGACGAUUAAAUAUCCACUCAAAUUGAAAGCAAAAGGAAAAGCACCAUACUUUCAACAAAGAGAAAAAUGGAGCGUCUCCGAUUUACUAUUCAAUCCUAUGGUUUUGAUGAUGGUUUUGCCUUUACUGAUGGUUAUGGUUUUACCAAAGCUAAUGAAUGCCCAAGAUCCCGAAACGCAAAAGGAAAUGCAAUCGCAAAUGAAUAUGUUGACGGCGCCAAAAAGUAACUUCGACUUGAGUGAAACUCUUACUGGGUUCUUCGGAGGCAAUGCUAAACCUCAGCAAAAACAAAAGAAACGGUAG